CGGAUACAAUGGAUUCGUAUCCGAACAUGGCGCCGCCAUUGCCGCCGGGGCCGGUCGAGCUGCUGCGCAACGCUGCGGUCGCGCUCUAUCCAUCGCCGCCGGCGUCCUCCAGCUUGCUCACGGCGCUGCAGCAGGAAGGUCGACCAGCGGUCGUCGUCGGCGUGCUCGGCGCCGACGCCGACGCCACGGCUCGCUUUGCCAACCGGCUCCUCGGGCGCUACGUCUUUGCCGAUACGAGCGACUACGAUGCACAGACGACCAAAGUGCAUGGCAGCGACGUGCGUCUCUACUACGACCACGAGCGCCACCUCGCCGUGAUGCUCGGCGUGUACCACUACCCGCUUGGCCAGCCACGGGCCGACGUGGACGUUGAUCGUGCCAAGCUGCACCUUCUCUUCUUCACGAGCUGCCACGUGUUGUACAUGGUCAAGGACGAAGCACGGGUGAGCACGAGCCAGACGCGCUUGUACCGGACGCUAUCGCAAGCCAAGCACCAGCUUCUCCAGCUUCUGCGAGCACAUGCCAAGAAGACGCAUGCACCGCUCUCGACGUCGGCGUUUGCGCCCGGGCGGCUCGUGCCCAUCCUCUCGUACGUCUUUCCGCUGCCGCCCGAGCUUGCCGUGCGCUCCAACAAAGGUCGGUCUGCGAUGAUGACGUUCUGCAAGGCGAUGGAGGCGCGUGUGACCGCGACGAUCAAGCCACUGCGCAACCACGUCGUCGGCUCCGUUCGCAUCAAGGACGUGCCGGGGCAAGCUGCCGGGAAGGAGCGGCGGCUCUUUGUCCUUGAUUCAUCGCACACGGUCGUUGCUGUCUCACGCAAGGUCGCGACCACCGAUUGCAACUUGCUCGAUCGCAUGGCGGCGGUGCUCGACCUCGCGCAAGAUGCGAGCCUUCCGCCCAAGCAGCUCUUGCAGCCGCUUGACGACGAAGACUCGAUCGGAGUCCCGCACGCGAUCCAGUACAUUUCCAAGGCCCUCGACAGCUUUUUGCACGAGCACAGCUACGACGACGGCGUCUUGGCCCUCGGCGCGUGGCUGCAGCACGUGCAGUUGCUUCUCCAGUGGAUCUUCAUCGAGAAUGCGGUCUUUACUUCGCCGCACGUGGACGCUGCGGUCGACGACGCUUCCAGCGACGCGCUGUCGCUCUACGAGUCGCUGGACAUCACGGGCACCUUUGCCCACGACCUGUGUGCGCGGGAGUAUGGACCGGCCGUGAAGCGCUACGUGGCCGAGCGGCCCGACGCAUGCAAUCGCAGCGUCCAUGCCGCCCGCGUCGAGAGAACACUCGCCGAAUUUGCGCGCUGCGUCGGCCGCACCAAUGCGUUUGCAAAAGAAUUUGCAAAGAACAUUCGAGACGCGUGCGACGCCGAGUGGCGCUCGAAUGGCCGGCGGCUCUGUGACGCAGUGAGCAUCGCCAACCAGCCGUGCACCGUCGUGCUCCGCGACGAUGACGACGAAGCUGAUCAUGCGCACACGAGUGGCGUGUAUCUGCAUGUGGCGUGUCAAUGCGGCCUCUCGCUGCACCGAAUGCCCGACGUCUUCUCCGCAAGCAGCAAUGCGGAUCCGCGCUGGCGACUUGCGUGUUGCCGCAGUCACACGCUGUUGCAAGCAGCGUCGGGCGCGACGUUGAUGGACAUGGGCGAGUGCCAUCUGUACGACCCGGUCGAAGGUUUCGCCUUGACCAUGGACGGCUUUGUGCCCAAGUUCGGCUGUCUCUCGGCUUGGUACCGAGACGCUUCGGGUCGCCGCUCCAAGAAGGCGACUAAACCGUCGAUGAAGGAGGCGACCGAACAGCUCGUCGCGCAUGCUGGCAUGGAGUACGAGUGCGCCAUGGGCCACCGCUUCUUCUUUACUACGUCGGCGGCGUCGCUGCACGACACGGUCUGGCCUGGCUGCGACAUGGCCGUGUACGUGCAGUGCUUUCAGUGUGCUGUGGGGAGUGCCAAGCCCGUCGAACACGCGCAGCUGCGUCGCGUGUACGUCGUCUCGGCCCGCGUUCUGAGCUUGCAUUUGACCAUCAAGAUGGACGAGACGGAGCAAGUGGUCUUUGGCUUCGAGUAUGCCUCACUGCCCAGUGGCCGGACGCUCUGCUGCGCGCUGCCGUACGUGUUUUCGGCGGGGGACGCGGGUCCGCUGCGCCACGGAGCGAGUCUCAAGCUGCACAGCCAAGUGCUUUCGUUGAUGCUACCAUAGUCGACACGAGUCAUUGUAUGCGUUACUUAGUUAGUCGAAUCGGCAGCGCUGGGCGGUCGUGCAGCUGGCCGGCACGUCAAAGAGCGGCGCGGCGACUGUGCCAGUGGUAAAGUUGGCGUAGACCAUCGAGAUCAUCUUGCCCGCCGUGAUGCGCUUCCCGAGCGGUGACUUGGGAAUGUAGUCCCAGCGCAGGGGUAGUCCGUGGACGUCGACCCAAAACAAACUUGUUUCUUCCGGGUCCGCC